CUACACACUCCAUAAAAUCCAUUUCUUUCCACCAGUCAUCCAAAUCCAGAAUUUUGUACAAAAUGUUCUCUUUUCUCAGCACAUUGUUGGAUGUUAUUAAGGUUGUUGUUGCUUCCGUGACUUCUGUAGUCUUAUUUGCAUUUGCGUGUCUAACACUCGCCGGUUCAGCCGUGGCAUUAGUUGUAUCCACACCGCUUUUCCUCAUAUUCAGUCCAAUUCUCCUUCCCGCCACUAUAGCCACUACUCUCCUAGCCUCUGGGCUAACGGCCGGUGCCACCCUCGGAAUCACCGCCAUUAGUCUCAUCUUGGGGCUCAUCAAGACAGCGGAAGGAACUUCGUUGGCCCGCUUAGCCCAAGCACCAUUGAAAAUGUUUAAGUUUUCAGGUGGCUUUGGAGGAUCAUGGGGAGGAAAAUCAUUUUCUGGAACAUUUGGAAAUAAACCAGGUGGUGGAGUUCAGACGUCCGGAAAUAUCCCAGAAUGGUUAAAAAAUCUACUCAAAGGUGUACCAACGGGUGGGGCGGUACCUGCGGCAGGAGGAGCAGCACCUGCACCCGCAGCAGGAGGAGCUGCACCUGCGGGAGGAGCUACACCCCCAGGAUAAGGGAGAUUAGCCGAGCAUGGUCCAAACAUAUAGCAUAUAUUCUAAUUGUGUAUAACUUAAUAGUUUUAUCAAACUAAAAGGAAAAAGUCUUUUUAUUAAUACAUUUUAUGUAAUGGUGAAAAAUAUGUGGCUACAUAUAUAUAUGGAUAAUUUCCUGAGCUCUAAUAAGACAGAGUAAAGAAGAUCAAGAAUCAGUUUA